CUAACUUAUUUUAAUAUUUUUUAAGCAGAAAUCGGAUUUGAGUUCGAUUUUGCCACUCCCGAGUGGAGAAGCUGUCCUCAUCCUUCAAAAAUUUCAUCAUUGAUAUUUCUCUGAACAAUUCCUUUCGCGAUGUGAUUUUGAUUCUGAUCGCCGUGCCGUGCGCAGCAAAAUUGACGUCCACAAGGCAACAAAAACUCUGAGAAUUCCCGUUAUCCGAUGAAUCCAAUCUUCCGCUGAACUGAAAAAUCACCGGAAUACCCGCCGGCGCCGGAGAAUAUCUAGAAGAUGCUUUUUUCCGCUCUCUGCCUCGAGAAAAGUGCAUGAUUCUCUCAGUUUCCUCUCUCUCUCUCUCUCUCUGUUCUGAUUCCUUUUGCCUUUUCUCUGUAUGUUUCUUUCCUCAAAAAUCGAGUUGCCUGUCCUGUGUUUUUCUCUACGCUCUUGCUCUUUAUGCAGAAGAGCGAAAUGGAUGCUUUCCAAUGCUUCGGUCUCUAAUGUCUGGUCAAGGCGCUUCUUCCAAUGCCGGCUACUACGGCACUGGCGAGAAGAAGAAGAACAGUACGAGUAAUCCGAUGUUUCAUGACUUUCUUGGCAUUCGGACCAAAGAUUCUUCCGUACUCUUGGCCGCGAAGGCGCCGGAUGUGAACUUGUCGGAGGCAUCGUCGCCGUCGCCGUCGGCCUUGGCUGCUUCUAGUGGCGGCCGUGGACUCUUCUCCACCGCCUCCGAUCUCGCUUUCGAAAACCAAGGCGGAGAUUAUCUUGAAGGGGUUCCAUUCUACAGUCCAAGGAAUGAAAACAGUAACAGGAUAGCAGGGAUUAAGCGCAGUAUAAAUCCAGAUUCUGCUUUCAUGGGGUCUUAUAGAAACCAAAUUCCUCAUAUGGCCUCUGAUUCUCUUGAGAGGUCACAUUCAAUGAAGAUGCUACAAAAUGGAGCUGCUGGAGAUCGACCAAGAUAUAUCGACAAUGACGCGGUUUAUAGUAUGCAGCCACCAAGAAUAGCUUCUUAUUCCCUCACACAACAUUCUCUUGGCACUAGAUUUAAUCCCAGUGUUUCCAAAUGGGAGAGACCUAUUCCGAUGAACAUAGGUCUUGCACAAAGUUCUCCGCUCGGGAGCCAGUUCGUGCCUCGUGUUCAUCAAGUAGCUUCUAACUCUUCUAGAGAAUUUAAUGUUGCUCCUUUCAGUAUUUCUCACCCUGCUGCUGAUGAAGGAUCUAGAACUGGGAUGAAAAGCGCUGGAAUUUUUAGUAGCAUCAAUGCUGGACAUGAUGGGAGACACUCAGCUCAUAUGUUGCUAAGUUGUGACAAGCAGAAAUUCAAGACUGAAGGUUUAGAACACAAAUCUUCUAAUCCUAUAAGUCAACAGCGUCCCGAUUCUAUCAAUCGACAGAUGACUAUUUUCUAUAGCGGCAAAGCUCAUGUUUUUGAUGAAGUACAUCCAAACAAGGCUGAUAUUAUAAUGGCCUUGGCUGGAUCAAAUGGGGGAUCUUGGUCAACAACAUUGGCAUCUAAACCCAAUGUAACAGGGAUAUCUAGUGACCAGGAAUCAGCUAGGGAGUAUCGUGAGAAGUUAUAUUGUAGCACCAUAUCCAGUCGAGGAGUUAGCGAUAAUCCUAUCCUGACACAAGCAGGUGAUAAUGAUGCAUUCUGGUUGCUGGUUGUAGUUGCAGGUGACUGUCCAAGCAGCAUUCCAGCGAAAGAGACCCGAGAGCCCGUUAGAGCAGCAGAGCUUAAUGCUGAACGGUAAAAGGUCAGUUGAGUAGAACGACUGCUGUUAGUUAGAACCAAUCUUAUCAUCAUUUUCGUCGCCAUUUCUUGCUUCUGCAAAUAACAGUGAAUUGCUUUCUUAAGGCGAGGUGGAUGGCUUUUCUAUCCAUCCCCUUCCCGCCCCCGCCGUUCUCGUACCUACAACCAUAAUUCUGGUUGUAGGUGGUCAUCAUGCAGCAAGAGCUCAGCAGCCAGAACUGAAGGGUAAAGAGAUUUGUAGUAUAAAGUAUUGUUGUUAGGUCCAGUCUCAUCAGCAUUUUCAUUAUUUGUCUGUUUAGCAUAUAACAGUCACGAUUGCUUGCUUAAGGGGAUGGGCUUCUCAUAUAUUUGUUUGGUGCUGAAAGGAAAAGUUGGUCGCUUCAAAGCUUGCUAAAGUUUUUUUAUUUUUAUUUUUUUCAUUCUAUAUCUAUUGGGAAGAGUAGUGGAAAACUAGAUUAUUCAUUUCUUGCCCUUAAUAAGAUACAAUGUCAUAUCAUAUCCGCACCUUUCUUGCAA